CUCUCUCUCUCUCUCUCUCUCUCUCUCUCUCUCUCUUGCUUCUUUGUGUAGCUUCCUGUUCUCCUCUUGCUUGUGCAGGCGCGAGCGUUUUGAGCGAGUUGGGAAAGUCACACAGGAAGAAGAGCCAUAACAAAUCAAUAGGAGUGCUCUGUGCCACAUUUGGCGCUACUGUGGUUCACCUGCUUCGCUCUGCUGCUGCUGCACGGACAGUCCCGCCCAGUCCCCCACUUCAAUCGCAAGACUUUGCGAGACAAUCGCACCAUCGAGCGCCGAGACCCGCCCCUGUCUCAACACGUCCGUCUUGCUAGGGUUGGACCGAACAAGCUCUCUCAAGUUUUCGCAUGGCCAUGCCUUCUUCUUCACACCAGCUGUUUGAGCCAUGCCCGUUUCCAUGGACCAACGCGCCACUCUGCAAUCAGACGUACGCAGACGCCUUUGGUAGCGAGUACACCAACUACUGGGCAGCGCAGACAGUCAUCACCCUCGCGACCGCUCUGCUCGUGUUCUGGCGCGCCGCGGUCGUCUUCCGCUCGCAGCACCACUGGAGCCCGUUCGCCAGCUUUCGCAACUUGAUGCUGUGGUAUGCUAUUCUGGGCGUGCUGAUGCUCCUCGCCAAGAUUUCAGAUCCACUCGGAUGGUCGAAUCAGCUGCCUCUGGUUGUCAUCCAGCUGUUGCUCGCUGGAGCAGUAAACGCCGUGCUUUCAGCCUUCAUUUUCUUUUCGUAUUCCGUCAUGUGUAUCUAUGAUUCCGUUACAUUCGGGCAUGUCGUUACCAGGGCGAACAAGAGGUCCAUGUACCUUGCAAACGUUGUCAUCUGGAUCCAAAGCAUCAUCCUCGCAGCCCUCUCCGUUCCUGUCGGCCCGUUCUGGGUUUGCUUGCUCAUCCAGUUUUCGUUUUUCGGCCUGGGAAUUGUCGGUCCGCUCAUCCUCUCUCUUCGGUAUGGCUUUGGGUUGAUACGCUCGUUACGAGAGGCAUCCACGUUUGUCCAGUCUCUACCCAUGCCCAAUAGACGCAGCGCCAGCCGGAUCAGUCCGACAACGCCUCCCACUUCGCGUGACACUCCCGCGGCAGCUGAAACAUCCGUUUCCGCUGUAGCUCCCACGCCUCCACAAGAAGCGUCUCUGACUGGCCCGGCCAUCCCCGUGAUUGUCGAGUCGCCUUCUGGUCCGGCAACCGAUAACGAUCGGAGACCCUCCGGCACCGAGUCGACCCAGGCUUCGUUCACCGCUCUCAAACCUCCGCCCGAUCACUUGGGACUUCCCUCCCAGACCGUCAAUUCGACCAGUGAGUCUUCGAGCAGGAAUGGCAGUAAUGUCUUGGACGACUUGCACGAACCCGUUGCUCGGCAACGACACAUCAAGCGAGCCCAUGCGAACGACAAUGCUGGAGAGCGCGCUGCACUCCUCAAGCACCUUUUGCGCCUGUUUCUCGUAAUGCAGAUCUGCGCAGUCAUUGGCAUCGCGGUCAUUGUUUGGAUUUUGGUGGAUGUUUCUCGCGAGCAACGCGACUACGCCGCCGGACGCAUCCCCAUCCCGUCUACGACUCAGCUGACUCAGCAAACACUGGUUCUCGUGGCUCAGUGUCUGUCCUAUCUGGUGAUUCUGAUCGGAUUUGGUCGGCGUGCAGCUCGGCGAUAGUCGCUGGAUUGUUCGAGCAAGCGGUGCGCAACGAUGGUUGCCUUCGAGUGGGCGAUUAUGGUCGUUCAAGUUGCUCAACCUGAUUCAGAUUGGGGUUGGUGGUACCUUGCAACGAAUGAAUGGAAGGCUUGUUCUCCGUCCGAUCGAUAGAAAGCCACGGUUCUGAAUGCCGUGCCGCAGUUGCUUUUCGAUUUCGCUUCUUGUGUGCGUGGUUGCUUGGCUUUGGCCAGCGUGCACGCAUCGCACACUCGACAUGUCUUUAUUUCAAGGCGCUGCACACAACUAGAACGACAUGGGAGGAAG